UCUAGUCGGAAAUCGAUUGCUCGGCGCUCGGCGCGGUGGGUGGAGCGCCGAGGCGGUCGAUGGGACAGCUGACUCGCAGCCGCAGCACCGGCCAUUUCCCGCCGGCCUGGCCCGGCCCGGAGUGGAGCUUCUCCUCCCGGGCACGAAGUCGCCUCUCCCGCAGGCAGAGACCAUGCCCCCGAAAUUCAAGCGGCACCUGAACGACGACGAGGUGACGGGCUCUGUGAAGAGCGAGCGGAGGAACCUGUUGGAAGAAGAUUCAGAUGAAGAGGAAGACUUUUUCUUGAGAGGGCCUUCUGGACCAAGAUUUGGACCUAGGAAUGACAAGAUCAGGCAUGUCCAGAAUCAGGUGGAUGAAGUCAUCGACGUUAUGCAAGAGAAUAUCACAAAGGUGAUUGAAAGAGGCGAGCGGCUGGAUGACCUGCAGGACAAAUCAGAAAGUUUAUCAGACAAUGCCACAGCUUUUAGCAACAGAGCCAAGCAGCUUCGGAGACAGAUGUGGUGGCGAGGCUGCAAGAUGAAGGCAAUCAUAGCACUGGUGGCAGUCAUUCUUCUGCUUGUGAUCAUUGUACCUAUAGUCCUGAAGUACCAUACCUGACCAGGCAGCUGGAGACUUUGGUGGAGCUGGCUCUGGGAUAACCAAACUGCUGUGUAAUUUAAGUGAGAUAUCUGUAUAUAGCUUUGAAGUUGUUUUUCUCCAAGGAGUGAGGAGGCAGUGGCAAAUAGCCAGUUCUAACAGUGUUUUAAGAACUGCCAAAUGACCCUUUUUUGGUUGAGUACCUGCUCCUGCUGUCAGAUUUAGUUUUUUCUUUUAUAUAAAACAGAAGAUUCUGUUCCCAAACUGCCUGUUUUGUGGAAUUCUGGGGCUCUGGUUUGGAACUGGCUACUUGCCACUACAGUCUAUCUGUAUAUAUGGUCGAGUUGUAAUAUUAAUAAUAAAAAUACCACUUGAGCAGUUCCCUGCUGCCUGCUGUGGCAGGCUAAGGGGACUGUCCCUUCACUGGAGUAAAGGACAGGAAAAGAUGUCUGAAGAGAAGCAUACCAUUAUGUUACAGGGAACUGACCCUUCUGUGGAGAACUGCAAGGGUGUUUUUUCUCUGUUGUUCAAAAAAAAAAGGGGGGGGGGAAUUAAUAGGUUUUACAAUCCAGAAGACUUUCUGGUCCUGCCAUGGGAAUGCACAAGUUCAGUGUUUUCAGUAUUGCUGCUUACAACUGUGACUAAAGACAUUCCAGUAAACCUAUUUUUGACUGUA